AUGGAAAGAAGUUCUCAAACUCCUGUCAUUAACACAUCUCUCACCAACCCAAAUGAAAGUCCUAGUCCUAUACCUACCACUGCUACCACUGCUACCACUGAGCCAUUAGUUCAAGGGGGAACAUCUACACUUCCCUCAAUUCCUAAGAAGAGAAUACCCAUUAGGAAACCAUUGGAGGUUUGGAAGCAUUUUACUAAGGACACGGUUGAACCGGGGUGUGAUAUAGGACCUAGAGCUUCUUGCAAUUAUUGUCAUCAAUCUUAUGCAUGUGAUCCGGUAAGAAAUGACACAUCUACAUUAUUACAACAUUUGAAAGUUCAAUGCACGGGGGGUUCUCCAUUGAAAGAGGACAACAAACAAAAGGUUCUUUCAUUUGAUAAGGGAGGCUUAGUUUCACAUACAUAUAGCACAGAGAGAAGUAGACUUGCUUGUGUGAAGAUGAUAAUAAUUGAUGAGCAUCCUUUUAGGCAUGUGGAAGGGAUUGGGUUUAACUUUUUUGUGAAAGAGCUACAACCUAGAUUUGAUCCACCUUCUCGUAGGACCAUUGCUAGAGAUGUUUGGUCUCUCUUUCAAGAAGAAAAGGCAAAACUCAAGAGUGUCAUAUCUCAAAAUUCACAAAGAGUCUCUCUGAACAUGGACACUUGGACUUCACUACAAAAUUUGAAUGAUUCAAUCAAGAGUAUUAUGAAAGCUUGUAUGUAUACAAGAUCCUCACCAUCUCGAUUGGACAAGUUUAGGCAAUGUUUGAUGUUGCAAAAGAUUGAUAUCAAAGGUCUUUUACCUUUGGAGUGUAAAACAAGGUGGAAUUCAACCUAUGGCAUGUUAGAGGCUGCCUUAAAAUUGCAAAAAGGUUUUGAGAGGUUGGAGAGAGGAGGACUCAAACUUUGCAUCUUACCUUUGGAAAGAGAACACACCUUAGACACGUGGGGUCUUAGUGCUUAUGAGACGGUAACUUCCCAUGUAGCCUUUCAUGAAAUAUGCUCUAUUGUUGAUCUCUUGAAGAAAAUGAUGAUAAGUGAGGAUCCUUUUAUGAAAAAGGUGGACAUUUCAAUGAAAUCCAAGUAUGACAAGUAUUGGGGUAAUAUUAGGGAAGUAAACCAACUCUUAAUAGUGGUUGUAGUUCUUGAUCCCCGUUACAAAGUGGAUUACGUCCACCUUAGCUUUGGUGAUUUGGAAGAGGAUGCUUCCAAAGUUAAUGAGAUGAUAAGUGGGGUAAAGGAUCUUGUAAUGAAGUUGUACGAGGCGUACAAGAAAGAAGAUCCAGUUGCUGCCCAAGCUUAUGUGGAGGCUAAUUUCGAAAGUAUUGUUGACAGUGAUGACAGGCUUGAAAAUUUUAUGAGAUCAAGAAAAGAGAAACAUGUGGUUCAAAUUGGGAAUGAUGUUGAUAAAUAUUUGUUGGAGCCUCCCGAGAAUCCUAAAAAUGCUGGGUUUAAUUUGCUGGAUUGGUGGAAAGAAAACUGUCCAAGGUUUCCGGUCCUAUCUAAGGUUGCAAAGGAUAUCUUUGUUGUCCCUGUGUCAAGUGUUCCAUCAGAGGUUGCCUUUAGUGCUGGGAAAAGAGUUGUCGAUCCUUUUCGGGCUUCUUUGACUCCAAAAACAGUGGAAACCCUUAUAUGCACCAAUGACUGGUUAAUGGCUGCUGGCUUUAACUUCAACAAAGAACUGACUGAAGAUGAAUUGGAAUUUUACAUUACUUUGGAGAAAAUGGAGAAAGAAAUGGAAACAUUGCAAAUGGUUGGAAAAGAAAACAUAUUUACCAAUCAUUUUGUCUCUACCUUAAAUUGA